AUGCUUUUGCCAGAGGACACGAUAAGUCAACAGAACGCCGAAAUAGAACAGCAAUCUCGGCGCCGACACGUAUUCCUCUUCACCCACCCUAGGACAGCAUCCAAUCUUCUUUGCCGUCUCCUGUCAGAUCAGCCAAACUGGAUGCAGGCAGAAUACCACUUUCGAAACGCAUUCACAUUCGCUCGCAAGUCUUUCAACUGGGGUCCAGUCAUAGAUAUAGACGAGGAACAACGGGUAACUUUCGCGAAUUUGCUUCAGGAUGGGUACAAUGAGCUUCAGCAAUUUCGGGAUGCUACUCGCUUGCAGGGCAAACAUUGUUUCGUCAAAAGCCACCUGCUGCAUAUAUGGGAACCAUCCAUUCUUUCCCAAAGCAUAUGGGGCGGUGAAUCAGGCCCGUCUUUUCCCGCACUAUCUCCUCGCAGAGCAGGCAGUAUGGCAAAAAGAACCAAUCCAACUAUUUUCACAGAUGACUUCCUUAGUGCUUGGUUGCCCGUCUUCCUGAUUCGUCACCCGGCUCUUGUUUUCGAGUCUUGGUAUAGAGCAGAGAGUUCUGCCGGGCCAGUUGACAUAUUCGACAAGUCUUUGGCAUUCUUUACAACCUUCACAUACAUUCGUCAACUCUACGAAUGGUUUGAAGCAAAUGCGUGUAACGAGGCGAACGAGGCGGGCGAAAGCGAGAACGAUGCUCAGGAUCAGCCCUACAUCGGGCCUAUUGUCAUAGAUGCCGAUGAUAUUAUGGAAAAACGCUCAAUAAACAGGCUGUGUGAAAUAUGUGGCAUGGAUGCACAAUCCAUUCGCUAUACAUGGGAAAAGACAACACCUGCUGACGCCAAACUAGCUAGUCGUCGGCGACUAAGUUAUAUGGGUGGAUUCUGGAGCUCAACUUCAAUCGACAAAUCGAAGUCGUCUAGAGGCCUGGACCUAUCAGAAAAACGCAGCCAAUGGAAAGAGGAGUUUGGAGAUGGGGUAGCGAACAGGCUUUACGAUCUUGUCCAGAAUGCCAUGGCGGAUUAUACCUACUUACGAGAUAGAAAGAUCUAA